GUGGCAUUAAUCUAGUGGUAUUUCCUGACGUCCGUCAGUGCGUCAGUACUGCCAAACACCAAAACAUGCAAUUAUGGCAGCGGGUCCUAUUGCCGAGCGGAAUCAAGAUGCCACGAUAUAUGUGGGAGGGCUGGAUGACAAAGUCACAGAAUCCCUUAUGUGGGAACUGUUCGUCCAGUCAGGACCAGUGGUUAAUGUCCAUAUGCCCAAGGAUAGGGUGACUCAAAUGCAUCAGGGCUAUGGGUUUGUAGAAUUUAUGGGAGAAGAAGAUGCAGACUAUGCUAUCAAAAUCAUGAAUAUGAUAAAAUUAUAUGGGAAGCCAAUAAGAGUGAACAAAGCAAGUGCUCAUCAAAAGAAUUUAGAUGUUGGAGCUAACAUUUUUAUUGGAAAUUUAGACCCAGAAGUAGAUGAGAAACUGUUGUACGAUACUUUCAGUGCUUUCGGAGUAAUCCUUCAAACACCAAAGAUAAUGAGAGACCCUGAAACGGGAAAUUCCAAAGGUUUCGCAUUCAUCAAUUUCGCUUCAUUCGAUGCAUCUGAUGCAAGUAUCGAAGCAAUGAACGGCCAAUAUCUUUGCAACAGACCGAUUUCCGUGUCGUACGCUUUCAAACGCGAUGCCAAAGGAGAAAGACACGGUAGCGCGGCUGAGAGACUGCUUGCUGCACAAAAUCCACUGAGCCAAGCGGACAGGCCUCAUCAACUGUUCGCGGACGCGCCUCCUUUGGCGCCACCACCGAUGCCGAAUUCGAACGCGCCUCCGCAUCAAGCCCAUCAUCAACAUCAUGUGAUACAUCACGGAAUGGUGGUACCACCUCCGCCACCUCCGUCGACGCCGGGACCACCCAUGGGUCACCCUCCGCCGCCUCCCGUUCCACCGCCGCCAUCGAGCGGUUUUCCUCCAGCAAGUAUUCCUCCGCCUCCUCUGCCUCCAAUGUCGAUGGCAACACAUCCACCUUUACCGCCUGGAAUGCCACCUCCGUUACCACCGAUGCCUGUCCCAACGUCUCAAGCACAACAAACGACUCCGAGAAUGAUGGCCCCGCCACCCCCUCAUUGGGGUGUCAGUGCACCUACGCAAGGUCAAUUCCCGCCACCGCCACCGCCUUCGUCUACGGGAGCACCUCCGCAAUUUGGGCAAUUUCAACCACCGCCACCGCGUCCCCCUCCAACUUGGAGACAUCCACCGCCUCCGCCUGUGUCCCAAGGAGGGCCGCCGCCUCCUCCACCUCCACAAUUCCGACCACCCUUCCCACCGAGAGGUCCACCACCACCACCACCGCCCCACGAUUCCAAUCAAUAUUAAGGUUUCUUUAUUACACUUCAUUUUCUUCAACGCUGCUCUUAGUUUAUUGCCAAUUCAUCGAAAAAUAAGAAUUUUCAAUUCGGCCAAACAAUUGUUUUAUCGACUGUACAAAUGUGUGUUUUCUAGAACGUGUUUGUAAUAAACUUAUGAAUUUUCAACAACAAA